AUGAAACAUGAGGGUGGUGGUGAUAUUUCACUUAAUGGUUUCCAUGAUGAAGCUAUAAAUAGGAAGGAUUCUGUGCUAGGCGAUGGUGAUCUACAGAAUGGCAAAUAUCAGAAGAAGGAAAAGAAGAAGAGAAAAUUGGAAUCUGGUGGAAAUAAAAACAUCUUGGAUGAAACGACAACUGUAGAAGAAGAAGGGAAUAGGAGCUUGGAAACAAAUGCUUGCAUAAAUUUAGAGAGUGAUAUCGAGUUCAAGCCAAGAAAAGACAAAAGAAAGAAGCAUGAGGAGAAGAGAAAGCAAAAUGGAAGUGUUACUGUUUCAUCUUCCGUGAAAAUUCUUGAAAAUGAGAUUACAGGUAAAGAUGAGGGAGUUAAGGGGCACAGAAGCUCUGAGAAAGAAGAUAUCAUUAAAAAGAAGAAUGGAAAGAAUGGGUUACUAAAAGAAAGAAGAAAAAAUGGAGAAAGGAUAAUGAGGAUUGUGAAGUUGUGGGGAAAAGAAAAGCCCAAGAUGGACAGUGAGGCCAAAAAGGAUAAUAUUUGCACGAGGAAGAAGGGCAAAGAAGUUGAAAGUGGUUUCGAAAAUCCCAAAGAUGUUCCAAGUACUGGGAAGGGAAAAACCUGGGAAGACAACUUAGUACGAGGUAAGAGGGGUGAGAAAUAUAAAUGGACUAAAGAAGAGUAUGAGCUUAUCCGCAAGUACCAGGAAAAGCAUGGGAAUGAUUGGAAGUCAUUGGCUGAUGAACUUGGCAAACAUAUUGUUCACAUGAAGGGCAUGUGGGCUGACACUGAAGACUAUCGCCCGCUUGAUGUACUUUUUAAGUUUGAUGCAUGCUGCACAGAAGAUGUGUACUGGGAUGAUCUUCCUGACCACAGAUCUGGAGAUGUAUGUCGGAAGCGUUGGGAUCAAAUGGUUCUACACAUUGGCCACCAAGGGAACAAAUCAUUUGCUGAACAAGUUGAUAUUCUAGCAAAGCGAUAUUGUCCGCAUUUACUUGAAGCGAGAGAUGCAUGGGAUAGCAAACCUGUAGUUCCAUGA